AUGGGAACCACAGAGCACACCCCCGGCGGCACCCGAUUCAAGGAGCUCCUCGCCCGGGCCAACGGCCAGGGCGCUCCCCUGCCGCCGGCGUCGCCGUCGGCCAAGCCCCGCCUCGUCCUCCCGCCGGAAGGCGCCCCGGACUACGACGACGACAAUCAGUGGGAGGAGCAGACCAUCGGGUCCCCGGACGUGCCCGACCCGCCCCUCCGGCAGAACAUGCCGGGGCUGGACCUCGGACCCGAGCUCGACUACGGGGGCGGGGGCGAGGCCGGCGCGAGCGGCAGCGGCGGCAGCCGGUUCUCGCAGAUGAUGAACCAGGCCAGGCAGAACGACGACCGGCAGGAGGCCGGGAUGGCGCCGAGGGCGAGCCCGCGGUCGCCGCAGGAGGUGGCGAAGCGGGCGGCGGCGGCGCAGGCCCCCGUGAGCAAGGAGGAGAAGGAGAGGGCCAUGAAGGCGGCCGUGGAGCGGCAGCAGAAGAUGAUGGCCAAGGCGAGGGGUAUCGACCUUGACGACCCGGCCCUCGAGGGCGCCGAGCUGGCGAGGAAGAAAGCUCUCAGCCGAGCACAGGCGGAGGCACAGGCCGGCGGCUACGUGCCGAGCUCGAGCGCCGCGGACGACUACCUCAACUCCCUCAAGGCCGACUCGCAGAAGAAGCAGAGGGAAACGCAGGCUAAGCUGCGCGGGGAGCCCCUUCCCCCCAGAGAAGGACCGCUCCUGUCUGCUUCCCCGCCGACCGGAACGGCCACAUCUGAUGUGCCGGAUAAGUCGGCGGCGCCCCUGACGUCGGGGGAGGACUACGAGCGGGUCAAGCCCCAAAAGCGCACCGCCGCUUCGUGGAGCAUCCAGAACAAGGCCGACCAGUACAUAGCUUCCCUCAAGGGGAUCAAGGUAGAACUCGCCGACGACAACCCGUACCUGAAUAAGGAGUCUCUGGUUGAAGAGCCGCAGCGGUCGGUGCGGCGGCCGCCGCCGCCGGCACCCACGCCCCCGCUCGGCCCCCAGAUGAGCUACGCCGAGAAGCUGAAGCUCGCGAAGAUGGCGAAAGCUGCGGGUAAAGCGACCGCCUCUGCGCCUUCGUCGAACGCGGUGGCGGCCCCUGUUGCUACCCUGCCUCCUGCAACCAAGGCGCCACCGCCGCCGGCCACGUCUUCUGGAUCGCCCGCCCUCAGCUAUGCGGAGAAGCUAAAGCAGGCCCAGGCGGAAAAGUCCGCCGCCGGUAAUGGGGUCGUCCCGAAGUCGGUGCCGCCGCCGCCGCCGCCCCCAUCAGCGGCUGCUGCUACCGUCGCCCCUGCGUCGAGGAGACUGUUGGAGCAGGAGAUACCGUCGGGUGGUUCGGUUGGCGAAGGCGACUCUGAGGCGAAGAUGGUUAAGGUGAUGGACCUGCUUACCGAGCACAAGACGGCUGGCCUCGAGGGCGAGGACCGCGUGUCCGAGCUGCGCCACUCCCUAGUCGAUGUGCGCGAAGCCCUCCGGGCCGAGACUUAUGGCAGGUCGGCGGCCGCGGCCGCGGCGCCGACAGCGGCGACGGCGUCAUCGACGCCCAUGCAACCACCACCACCACCACCGCCGCAACCGCCAGUAGCAGCAGCUCCGUCACCCCCACCGCCACAGCAACAGCAGCAGCCGGCACGGCCGGCCCCGACGGCCCCGCCAACGACAAACCCAGAAGACGCGGCGACCCUUCGCCGCUGCAGCGCCCUGCUGCAGGCGCACGUGCACUCGGGGCUCGCGGGCCAGGACCUCCAGGCCCUGGUGGAAGGGCUCGCGUCCUCCCUCACCAUCGUCACGGCCCAGGUCGUUACCGGCACUGCCGCCGCGGCCGCCGCGGCCGGCGGCAGCGCUAGCGGAGCACCACCAGCACCGGCGGGGGGUGACAGUACGGGGGUGCCGGCUUACGCCGGGGGGAUUCAGUCCGUAGGGGGAGCCCUGUCGGACAUGGGCGUCGCGAAGAAACCGGCGUCGUUCUUGCCGGAGGAGGGGGAGGGGGACGGGAGCGCCGGGUGGACGGGGGGAAGCCUCGGGGAGGAGGAGAAGGCCGUAGCCUGGAAGGCCCUGGGCUACCUGCUCAAGCACCGCGGCGGGAAAGGGUAUGGGCGCGGGAGGGUGACCGGCGCGCAGGCGGAGGCGAUGGUGGCGGCGCUCGCCGAGGUGACCGAGAUCAUGGAGGAGGAGAUGGUCGACGAAUAAGGUUCAAUUUGGGGGGGGGGCGGCGUUGUUAGACCGUUGACCACACGGAUGCGUUGGGAGUUGUGAUUUUUUUGACACAGGGCCGGGUGGACAGGAAGAUAAUGCGCCUGGGCGAGAGCUGGUUUGAAGUUGAUCUUCAGAACGAGCGUCGGGGUCAGCGAGGGUCAGUUACGAACUGGGUGUUGUAUCCGACUUGGGAGAUAGCCAAGAGGCGCCGGAAUGAACAACGCGUGCGUGCGAGAAAGAAGAGAAUCCGGGGCGCGGGGGGGGACAGCCAGGCCUGAAUAGUGCCGUAGAGGAGUGGAGGUGAGGGGUGAGGUGUACUAGAAGCUUGUCACCCUCGACAGGAGUAAACUUUUGACAGUCGACAUGUCGUUUACGUAGUGUGGACUUUCUAGGGUAAAAACGUAAAAACGCAGACCAAGUGCGUGCAUGGCAUGCCCUGUAUUCCUUGGCGUUGUGGCGUGUGAUAGGACAAGCGACACGACUACUGUUCAGAAAGGCCGAUGUGAGAGGGGAUAAGGCAGCUUUCAAACAAAAUAGUGUAGCUCUCCAUGUAAAUUCUUGGAACGGAUUGAUGACGUCCAGUUUGCCUCGGCCAUGAUCUGAAACUCUUCCAAGCACGGCUUCUCCGCUGCACCGAGGUAUGCCCCCGAACCAGCGAGGGUACCCUGGGAGUGACGCAUCCCGUCCGCUCUUUGCAACUCGGGAAGCCUUGAUUGAGUUUGUGUGCGCCACAUCACGCGGCCAUGAUGCAUGCCAUGGUGUGGGGUUGUGUUCCUAUGGUAGGUUUUUUGGACUUCGGGUAUCAGCUCAUUCAUAGGCGCUUCGGUCAGGGCCUCUUGUCCGCAGACUCUCAAGACCACAAGUUUAUCAGACACACGUGGUGGACGCACCCCACACUCAAGGUCAUGUUGCCUGCGAAACAGGAAAUAGCGAGCUUCGAAUACAUCACAGAACAACCACAUGUAUCAAGAGGUCUACAGCUGCAGCAAAGAGAGCAACACAGAUGGGGAAGAAGGGAGGGGGGGGGAGGGGGGUCUAAUCCUCUGACUAGGAAUAGCUAAUUCUUAUUAUUUACAGCGCAUGUUUCUUGGCGAUCCGGCGUAUGCAACGGUAUGGACCUGCGUUUUUAGCUCCAAAACAACAACAGCCUGCCCAACGAGUACAGCACCAUCGCAUCUAAGCAGGUCAGUAGAGCUCGCUCUCUUUCUAUCUCUCUCCUUGGCGUCGUUUUGGUCAGGCCUCUGCCUGCAACUAGUCUCUUGGGGAAAAUUCGGAAUGGUUUCGAGCAUGACUACUUCUGCUAGGUGUGCACUAUAGCUCCAACACACGCCGCGAAUCCGCGAGAAAGCUUAAAAAAGAAAGCAAACAAGCAGACGAC